GUUUAUAAGAAUAUUUACCUGUUGAAUACUGCCUCAAGCUUACUAAAAUUUCAGUAUAGGAUACUUCAUUAAAGUGCUUUCAAACUUAAUGUCAGCUGGAAUAGAGUUUUAAAAAUGGAAAUAUUUCUAAUGGAGUAAUGGCUUCGGCAGCAGAAGAUUUUGAAACUUCAGAAUUAGAUUCAAUUAUAAAUGUAAUAGGCUUAACUCCAUCUGAUCCUCUGGACACAUUUGCAGAAAUGUGGUAUCAAGUAUUUUUAUGGGCUUUGUUUUCAUCACUAUUUGUACAUCUUAUUGCAGCAGGCAUAGCAUUUGGAACAUUAAGAAAACAUAAAUUAGGUCGUUUCAUGCCUCUUCUUAUUGUAAUAUUUGGAGUUGUUGCACCUUUAACAGGCGGUGUUGUUACAAGUAAGAAUUUUAACUAUUGCAAUAGUGGUGUGUGUGUGUAUUAUAUAUAUAUAUAUAAUCAUAUAAAUAGUUAUAAAAAAAUCAUAUGUCCUAGUGACUAGAUGU